AGCGCUCAAGAAGGACAUGGUAUAGCCAUGGCGAAUCGAGGACUAGCAGGACCCUUACCCUUGCAGCGCGGCCGCCACAAGGUCAGCAACGCUCAGGUUUCAAGCUUGCAAAGUGGACCGUCCACUCCAACAAGCAGCCUUCGCGCCACCACGAUUCGCUCGGGCUCACCGCAGUCCCCAGCCUCGUCCGCUUCAAGGGAAGAUGGCGCUGAAGUUUGUCACUGUGAUGGCGUGGAAGCAAAGACCCCAAAAGUUCUAUGGGCAUCCACUCCAACACCCAAAGCAUCGUCUUACAGCUUUGCUUUACCAGAGACUACAGGGAAGCUCAACGCCGAAGCCACCACAUUCGUGCCUUCCGAGGAGAAGAUUUUGCCCGGGCACACAUAUUAUCGGUCUGAGAUUUCAGAAGUUUCUGAGUUCCAUGCUGAAGCUCAAGCUGUGAUGAUGGCCGAGUCGGUUUUGGGGCUAGAUUGUGAGCCAAAGGAAGGACCCGUGGGACCAUUCGCACAGGACGUGGCAAUCAAGGAACCCAGAGUGGAGACAAAAGAACAAUUGAAGCCCCGAGCAAGUGCUCCACCGAAUUUGCUUUCCAAGGGGUCUGCAUAUCACCAGCAGGGCCAGUGUCGUCCAUGUGCAUGGAUGUGGAAGGCGGGGGGAUGCCAGAAUGCCGACACUUGCGAGUAUUGCCAUCUUUGUCCAGAAGGCGAACUGAAGCAUCGGAAGAAGCUGAAGAUUGCAGCAAUUCGGAUGGGUGCCUUGGGGCCAUCCGACAAGGCUGGCACAUCGCGCCGAGGCUUAAAGCUAUCAAGCUUGCUUUAAUCUUUGAGACAAUUUAAGGAGAAAAGCAUGCAAGUCUGGCAUUUGUUUGUUAUGAUACAUCCGACUAUUUCAUACCAGCCAGCUCUCUUCAUAUUCAAGAUGCUGUAAAGUUACUGUAAAGUGCUGCUUGUGGCCCGACAAUAUUAGCGUGCUAGUGAACAUCGCUGUGCAAAAUGCUCAGUUUAGCACAGUUGGCACAGAUCUAGACGCCCUACGCAGAAGUCGUGGCAAAAAAGAGCUUGCAUUUUGUUGCGCUUUUUCUUGCAACGCCCCUGAUCAAGCUGUUUGUCAUGGCUUGCCCUGCUUUGUUCACAAGAUGUAGAUGCAGCAUAAGCAUC